AUGAACCAGUACACUGUACUUGUUGUCCCAGACCUCCUGUCACUCAUUCCUUAUACAUGGGAUAAAUGCAACCCUCUUUACUCGCCUGACAAAAGGGAAUCGAUAGAAUGGAUGCUCAAAUACAAUGUCCUCACCAACCAUAGACGCAAUCGACUGGAUGGCCUUAACGUUGAGCUCUCUGGUGCAUAUCAAUAUCCAUCCAGCAAUGCUGAGGGACUGCGUAUUGCCACCGACUUUGUGAUGAUUCUCUUUACCGUGGACGAAUUUACCGAUGUUCAGGACGCAGACAGCGCCAAAACAACCCGCGAUGUAUUCGUUAACGCACUCAAUGGAGUGUCCAGCAAUGAUAAAUCCCCAAUAGCAUUGUUCACUAAAGAUUUCAUGACACGCUUGUCGCGCAUUGCUUCUCCGGAGGUACGCGAAAGAUUUGUUUCCCAUUGCGUCGCAUAUAUCAAUGCCACUGCGAAAGAGGCGACUCUGCGUGCAACCAACAAGAAACUGUCAUUUGAGGAAUACACUCAUCUGCGACGAGACAAUGGAGGUGAACUUGCUUGUUUUGACCUCAUUGAAGCCGUACUUCGAAUUGCACUCCCUGCAGAGGUAUUUGAAGAUCCAAGCUUCCAAGCCAUAUGUUGUUCUAUGAACGACCUGAUAUGCUUGGCUAAUGACAUAUAUUCAUACCCUAUGGAAUAUUCCCGGGGAAUUGACCAAGUCAACGCUGUUACUGCUAUUAAACACGAAAAGGUUGUCUCGACGCAAGAAGCUAUCGACCUCGUUGCAGACCACUACAAGAAACUCGUAAAACUUGUCGGUUCCUGUAAACGGAGCCUUCCUUCAUUUGGUCCAGAGACCGAUGACGCCAUUCACACAUAUAUACAUGGGAUAGAGCAGUGGUUUUACGGAUACAUAGUCUGGUGCUUUGACACGCCAAGGUACUUUGGGAAAGAGCAUGAAGACAUGAAGUGUACAAUGACUGUGAAGGUGAUGCAGCACAAGUUUUUGGAUUGA